AUAAUAUUCUCACAAAGAUUCCGUUCUUUGCGAAAAGUCAAACAGUUCUUCCAGCUCUUUCUUCAUUGCAAUGUCAAACCCGGUUCAACCCUCCACAGUCGAUAUUCCAUCCGAUCCGGUCCUCAAACCCGAAGUUUGCAUUAACGUUAACGGCCAAAACCAAUCGUUAGAUUCCUCAAAACCUCCCAAUGGUUCGAUUCCAAAUGGCGCCCGACCCCAUACACCGCCACAAGGCCCGGACAACUCGUCGUCUUCGGCAAAGCCAAAGGUGAAGCGGCGCGUGGUGGCACCGGAGACUUGGUUGCCAGCUGGAUGGUUGAUCGAAGACAGGGUUCGGAGCUCCGGUGCCACAGCUGGAAUAAUUGAUAAGUAUUAUGUUGAUCCAUCCUCCGGCCAAAAAUUCAGAUCAAAGAAAGAAGUGCUGUACUUUUUAGAAACUGGAAUCACCCCGUAUAAAAGGAAGAAAGGAACAGAGACUCUCGGCAGUGAAGAAGUUUCUAGUGGGAUCUCUGCUGGCAACAAACAGAAGAAGUCUGAUAAAAAACCGAAGCCUUUGAACUUUGAUUUCGUUAAUGUCCCGGAGAAAGUUGAUUGGUUGUUGACCAAUGCCUCUGCAGACUCCUGGACUCCCUUCCUUGAGGAUAACGAAGUGCCUGAAUCUACUAGACAAGAUUGGGUUGCUGCAUUUGCAUCCCUAACAGCAAGUUAAAGCAGUCAAGCAAUGUUUUGAAGACAUUUUACAUCUGAUUAGAUUCACUGCAUUAUUAGACGCAUGGCUUCAUACUGACCAGCAAUAGGUCUUUCUUCUUGUUUUUGUUUGAGCUUUAAUCACUCAUGUCUUAUGAUCUUUGAUUGGACUAAUUUCACACAACAGCCGGGCUCAACAAGAGUCAGGACCUUUCUUGUUAUAGGUUAUAGGCAUUCAUUUUCUGUUCUCUUUCCACCGUUCAUAUGUACCCUGUAGCUAGACGUUCCUUUCAAAAUAGCUUUGUUGUUUCAAUUUAUAGAAAACGAAAUGCAGAGCCUUUUGUUUAUUUGGUUUCUAAUGAAUUUGUGCUUCUUGUUUCAGCAAUGCAGUUAUCAUUACAAGUAAAAUUUGCAUCUCCUUUUGUUUUAGUUAUGAUUUUAGAAAUCUAACUGCGGAAAACAAGUUGAUCACUGUGAAAUCAAAUGCUGUGAGCCAAGUAAAGUUUUUGAAACCUUCAUAGGCAUUUGAUUUUCAGCCAACAAUUUAGCGACAGUGAAAAAGGAUCUUUGUUAGAGGGCAUGCCUAU